AGCUGAGCUCCCAGGAUGGGAAGGGCGACCUGGGUGACCCUCCUCCGACGCGGCCCACGGUAGGCGUUUGCCCUCCUGCAGGUUUAGUAGAAAAGGCAUCUCCUGCAGUUUGCAAAGUGCUUUGGGUUAUUUUAAGCAGAAACUGGAAUCCAGCCCGUCUAUGAGUUAAAUAGAACCCUGGAUAAGCGAGCGGGAUGUCACAGGAAGGAGCUGGUCCUACUGGAACAGCCACGAUGGAGGUGGGCACCAACCUUACUGACAUCGUGGCCCACAAAAAGAUCACCAUCCGAGAGCUGGGGGGGUGCAUGGCCCCCAUCUGGUCCAGUUACUACGGAAACUGCCGUUCUCUGCUGUUCAUGAUAGACGCCUCCGACCCCACCCAGCUGUCUGCGUCCUGCGCGCACCUCCUGGGCCUCCUUUCCGCAGACCCGCUGGCGGAAGCAUCGGUCCUGAUACUCUUCAACAAAAUCGAUCUGCCCUGCUUUAUGACCAUAGAGGAGAUGAAGUCGUUACUCAGGCUCCCAGACAUCAUCGCCUGCGCCAAGCAGAACAUCACCACGGCAGAAAUCAGUGCCCGCAAAGGCACCGGCUUGCCGGACGUGCUGCGCUGGCUCCAGGACGCUCACAGAACCAGCGUUUGACUGCUGUGUGGAGGACGUGGCUGGACGGCUCUGUGGCAACAGGCAGGGUGUGAUGCUGCUUGGCCUCUGGCAGCUUGUUCUUAUAAAGACAGGGUGACCCAACAUAAGCCUAGAAGGCGGGGCACCGUGCUGAGUUGCAGUGAUGGGUAAACUGAGGCACCCAGGUUGCAGAAACUCCUGACAGCUGACCUCUGAAUGAAAACUGUCCCAAGGCUGGGAGACCUCUGGUCCUGAGCACCCAGAGAAGCUUGAGCAUAUAGGGUUCCCACAGGUAGGUGGGGGCAGGGAGAGGCUCUGAUGGAGCACAGGUCCCCCAGUGUCCCGCUGUGUCCUUUCAGCUGAGGGAGCAUGCAGAACACCCACUGAUUGGCGGGUGUGUCCUGGGGCUCCUUUUGACAAAUUGCCACAAACUGUGGCUUAAAAUAACGUAAAUUUACUGAGGCCCUGAGUCUGAAAUCGGUUUCAGCGGGCCUGGAUCCUGCUGGAGGCUCUGAGAGAAUCCAUUCCUUGCUUCUCUUCCCGUUUCUUCUGGCUGUGGGUGAUGCUUGGUGUCUGUGUGGCCAGCAGAACUUAUAAAGACACUUGUCAGUGGACUUCAGGCUCAUCUUAAAUCCAGGAUGGUCUGGCCUUGAGAUCUGCAAUUAUAUGUGCAGAGACCCUUACUUCUAGAUUAGAUCACAGUUGUGUGUUCUGGGGCUUAUGACGUGGCGUAUCUUUCGUGGCCACUCUUCAACCCCCUACAAUUAGACAGAAAUUUUCCUCUGCUCACUGGUGUGAUCGUGAGUUCUCUACCAAGAGCUCUGUCUCCCCUGGCGGUUCAGGCUCCCUGCAUCGUGCAAGAACUCCAGGCACAUCCCCAUGUAGAGCACAAGCUGGGGCCUCAGCCUCCACGCGGUUGCCAUUCGGCCACUUUGGCAGGGAUGGGGGGGUCACAAGUGAUGUCCCAGAAAGCUCUGCAUAUUCCACAGGGCAAUGUGAGCUCAAAUGUUAUCACUUCCCGUUUGAAGCGAUGAGCCUUACAGCACGCCUCUCUGGAAAGGUUUGCUACUGGCUGUGCUGUGUAGGGCCUGUCACUGCUGGGUGCCACCUCCUCAGACAUGCCCCAUGCAUUAUGUUCACCUCUGCCACCGGGCAGCCCUAGCUGGACCAAUCUCAACCCCACUGGGGGUUCCUUGUAGGUUUCACAGACAACCUGGGACCUAAAGGGCUCUCAGACAUCCCCCAAUUUCAAAAGACGAGCAGAGCCUGGUCGAAAGCAUGAAGUGCUGCAUGCAGCUCAUCGCUCCGCCAGAGACGGGGCCGGCGCUGGGCCUGGACCCGGGCCCCGGGCCUGCCCUCCCACCGCCAGCGAGCAGGAGGGCCUCCCUUUUGUGCUGUAAACCAUGUUCCACGUGCUCAAAAAAACACUAAAACAGAUCUUAACUAUAUUAAAUUGGCAUAUAGCCAGAGGAAGGACCUCUUAAAGUUACAUUUGAACAUAAUUGUUCUAUCUUUAGUUGGAUAAGUAUAAAAAUAGAAAUCCUAAACUUAAUUUAAAAAUUGUAAACUUCAUCAUAUACUUUUAGCGUUAGCAGUACUCUUAUAUUUUAUAUUUGCUGUAGAAUAAAAUAAACAUUUGUUAAAUUUUCAGUGUAAAAAAUGCAAACACCUAACCCUGUAAUACUACAUUUUAAUAGCAAAUGUCAAUACAAACUCAGACUGUUAAAGUUA